AAUGGUUACCAUGGUAACGCUAAUAUUAUACUUCCGCUACAUUGUAUGCACAAAAUACAAUGUGAUCUUAACCACAGAAUGUGAGAAAACUUUUUUCGGCAAAUUUCUUGCGAUUGUUUGGACAAAUUUAAAACAAAGUUUAUUUCUGAUCUUAUCUAGUUAGGAGCACGAUCAUUCAAGUCUUUGCUUAGCAAUUAUCAUAAAUAUUACUCGAUUUAGGAUUAUUGGUAUUUGGAUUUUUAAAGAGAUCUUUUGACAGGAUUUUCCUCCUUUUCAAAGAUGAAAACAAUGAUAAGAAUUACCCAAAUUGCUGUCUCUGUCGUCAUAGGCUUUGCUGUAAUACAAUAUGCAAUCGCCAAAAAACCAGAACCUGACAGAAGCAUUGCAGCAGUGGUGAUGUCCCUGUGCACCCCAUACCAGAAGGCUAAGAAGGAAUAUGACAUGAAAUGCAACCGUACCCUCACCGAUGGGUUGAAGGGGCAUUCCGACAAAGCUAAGAUUUUUAUUGAGGCUGCCGACAGCAAGACAUACUGCACGGGGAAUGAGAAUGAAGGAUCGUUGCUUCGUUUUGACACGGCAUGUCAUGUGAUUGCUCAUCUCUGUGACUACAUGCAACUUGGAGAACUGAUGAAGUGCCCCCAUGCUCAACCACUGGCUAAGAGAAAAAGCCACGUGAAAAGUAGCUCCAAGAAAUCUGUGCGAAGGAAGGAAUAAUUCAAUUCAACCAACACGGAUGGAUUUUCUGCAAAUACAAAGUUUAAUACAAUUAGUUUUCACCUCUACAUUUGAAGCAUAUAACGACAAUUAUAACAGCCUUAGUUCCAGUGGUUUGCUUGAUCUCAAUCUAUGCUAGCAAUAAUCAUGGUUGAGAUGAUAGGCAUGAAGAACUUUUUAUUGGGGGUUACUUAUAUUUAUAUGAGAAAUAUCUUCUCCGUGAUUUACUAAUUUCAAUGUUACUUUAAAUCUUGGAAUAAGAAUAUGGAUUUAAAUGAAAUAAAAAUGAAAUAUUGUUAUUCAUUUGAUAUUCACCUUUAUUGGAAAGUGUUAAUUAAGUAAGAUAAGGAUUACACCAACGUCACAAAUUUGGAAUGUCAUCCUUUCUUUCUUCGACCCAUAUAAAUUGACGAAAGAUGCACUAAUUGAUAUUGUGUUAGAUAAUUAUAUUUGUUUUGGCAGCCGAGCUGUA